AUGAUGAGUGUUGGCUUGCUGGCCCUCGCCGUCGUCCCGCCGACGCUCCGCGGCGCGCCGGCGCGCGCCUCCGUCCGCAUGGCCAACAAGCAGCAGCAGCAGCCCACGCCCCGCGAGCGGCUGCUCGAGGAGCUCGCCGAGUACGAGGCGACCAACCAGCGGCGCUCCUUUCUCACCGGCCUGGCAGCCUCGGCCGCCACCUUUGGCGCGGGAGGCUUCUUCCUCAACACGAUGAAGGCCAAGGGCGUGCAGGAGCCUCUCGCCGCUGGGCGCGGGCGGGUCGCCUCGCCGUCCUCUGCGGCCGGCGCAAAGCAGCAGGCGGCCACCCCGCUGGCCGCGGCGGGUGGAGCGGAGGUCGUCGCCAAGGAGCGGGAUCCGGAGACGCUGGCCGCGCCGCCGAUCGGGCGGAGCGGCAAGGCCGCCGACACGCCCACCCCCCACGCCGGCGGCAAGGACUUCAGGGCGCUCGCGGCGGGCGGCGCCGCCGCCCUCGCCGCCGCCGCCGCCUCCUUCGCGGGCUCUCAGCUUGCAGGGCUGGGCAGGGAGAAGGGGGAGGAGGAGGGGCGGAAGGGGGCCGAGUCGCUCUCCGCCGCGGUCGAGGCCCCCGGCACCCCGUCGCCAGCCCCGCUGCCCGCGGCGCCCGCGCCCGAGCACGUGCCGGCGCCGGCCUCCGCCGCAGCGGACAACGCCGCGGCGCGGGGCGGCGAUUCGGAGGCGGAGGCGGCGGCGGCAAGUGGAGGGCUCAAGGCGGCCUUGCUUCGUGCGGAGGGCGCGGCGGCCGUGUCGGCGCGCAGCGCGCGACGCGAGGCCGACGUCGCUCUGGCUCGGGCGGCGGCGGCCCGACGCACUCUCAAAGCUUCGUCGCUCCGGCAAGACGGUGCGGCGGCGGUGGCGGCGCGGGAGGAGGCGCGGGCCGGCGCGGCGCGCGCGCUCAAGGCGUCCUCCCUCCGGCGGGAGGGAGCGGCGGCGGUGGCGGCGCGAGAGGAGGCGCGGGAUGCGCUUCAUGAGGUGGAGGCGAGCAGAGCGGCGGCGAAGGAGGCGCGGGCUGCGGCUGAGAAGAAGGCGGCGGAGGAGGCUCGGGCUGCGGCUGAGAAGAAGGCGGCGGAGGAGGCGCGGGCUGCGGCUGAGAAGAAGGCGGCGGAGGAGGCGCGGGCUGCGGCUGAGAAGAAGGCGGAGGAGGAGGCGCGGGCUGCGGCUGAGAAGAAGGCGGAGCAGGAGGCUCGGGCUGCGGCUGAGAAGAAGGCGGCGGAGGAGGCUCGGGCUGCGGCUGAGAAGAAGGCGGCGGAGGAGGCGCGGGCUGCGGCUGAGAAGAAGGCGGAGGAGGAGGCGCGGGCUGCGGCUGAGAAGAAGGCGGAGGAGGAGGCGCGGGCUGCGGCUGAGAAGAAGGCGGAGCAGGAGGCUCGGGCUGCGGCUGAGAAGAAGGCGGCGGAGGAGGCGCGGGCUGCGGCUGAGAAGAAGGCGGCGGAGGAGGCUCGGGCUGCGGCUGAGAAGAAGGCGGCGGAGGAGGCGCGGGCUGCGGCUGAGAAAGCGGCGGAGGUGGAGGCGCGGGCUGCGGCUGAGAAGAAGGCGGAGGAGGAGGCGCGGGCUGCGGCUGAGAAGAAGGCGGCGGAGGAGGCGCGGGCUGCGGCUGAGAAGAAGGCGGCGGAGGAGGCGCGGGCUGCGGCUGAGAAAGCGGCGGAGGAGGAGGCGCGGGCUGCGGCUGAGAAGAAGGCGGAGGAGGAGGCGCGGGCUGCGGCUGAGAAGAAGGCGGCGGAGGAGGCGCGGGCUGCGGCUGAGAAGAAGGCGGAGGAGGAGGCGCGGGCUGCGGCUGAGAAGAAGGCGGCGGAGGAGGCGCGGGCUGCGGCUGAGAAGAAGGCGGAGGAGGCGCGGGCUGCGGCUGAGAAGAAGGCGGCGGAGGAGGCUCGGGCUGCGGCUGAGAAGAAGGCGGCGUCUGGAUGGUACAGCGCACAUGCCGUGGCAGCGCGGUGGGGGGAGGCUCCGCCUUCGGCGGAGAAGGAGGCGGCGGAGAGGGCUCAGAUUGCAGCAGAGGUGAGGGCGGCGGAGGAGGCUCGGGUUGCGGCCGAGAAGAAGGCGGCGGAGGAGAAGGCGUCUCAAAUGGCGGCCGAGCAGGCUGCUUCCAGGGCGGCGGCCGAGGCGGCGGCGGCCGAGGCGGAGGCGGCGGAGGCGGCGGCGGCGGAGGCGGCGGAGGCUGCGGCGGCAGAGGCGGUCGCUGCCAAGGGUUCGCGCGCGCGCGGGAGUGGCGCGCCGCCCUAG